AUGCCACAUAUAGACAGUUACGACGGAGUCAAGGAUCCUCUAGAUCACCUGGAGACCUUCAAGACCUUGAUGCAUCUUCAAGGAGUUGCAAAUGAAAUCAUGUGUAGGGCCUUCCCUACAACGCUGAAGGGUGCUGCGAGAAUUUGGUUCUGUCAGUUAACGCUUAGCUCUAUCAGUACUUUCAAGGAGCUGAGCGCCCAGUUCACUUCGCACUUCAUUGGGGGGCACAGAUACAAGAAGUCAACUACAUGUCUGAUGAAUAUUAAGCAGCGGGAGGACGGGACGUUGAGGUCCUACAUAACCCGUUUCAACAACAAAGCCCUCUCAGUUGACGAAGCGAAUGACAAGAUACUCGUGGCAGCAUUCACUAAUGGGUUACGAAAGGGUAAGUUCUUGUUUUCUCUAUACAAGAACGAUCCAAAGACCAUGUUGGAUGUGCUUUACAAGGCCACCAAGUAUAUGAACAUAGAAGACGCAAUGCUGGCUCGUGAGGAUAAGCUCAGAAAAAGGGGAAAAUAG